AAAACUGAAAUCGAGAACGGGGGAUUUUCCGAUCAUUUAUUUCUAUUCGUCUCGAGAUGACACGCACUAAAGUAGCCAAACGCAAUCGCCAGCAGCUGCGCGAAGAGGCGGAACGCGAGGAUCAGCUGCGAAUGGCGCAAAUGAAGCUCGACUCGGCGCUGGAGAAGAUCGAUGAGCUAGGCAAGCGCACCAUGCAGCAGGUGCACAAUCAGCUGCAGCUCAUCGUGGCGCGCACACAUGACCACGUGCUCCACAUGAAGUGGAGCGACUUUCUGCACCUAAAUCUUCAGCACUUUGAGGACUAUCGUCUGGGUGAGCUAACUACCCGAGUCGAUUUAGCGUCGAUCUUAGCACCUAUAAAAGCUAAAGACUUGAAAAGGUUAGCCGCUCCACCCAAAACGCGCAGCCAGUCGACCGCACGCAGCAGCCGUCUGCGCACACCGCAGCCUCAGAUGCCACCGUUGACACGGCUCCAGGUGCAGUCCGUGGAUCGGGCUGUGCCGCAGCGUGCUGAUCUGCCAAGUAUGGCGCUCCUGCGCUGGCCCAAGCCCGGCGAGCUGGCGCUCUCCACCGGCGGCAGUCCGCUCGCCGUGCAAACUUUUCCCGAGCGCUGUGCCAAUGUCCAAAUACCCACCAAGGCGGGCGUGCUCAAGCUGAAGCCGCAGAAGCUCUCGGAGGUGAAGCGCGAGGUGCUCAAGCAGCUGGACUCGGCUACUCUGAACCAGAUCAAAACUCUCAACUCCAAUCUGCACAUGAUUGUGGACAUGGCCAACAAGCUGGGCAAAUUCUAAGCGCAACUCCAAUUCUUGUUCUUCAUCUUAUUUCGUUAAUAUUUUAUUUAGUCUUUUUCAUUUUCUCAUUUUCAAUGUUGUUUUUGUUUUUGUUUUUGUUUUCAAACAUUAAGUGUACGUGUGUUGAUGUUGCCUGUGUUGCUGUUGUUGUUGUUGUUGUUGUUGCAAUUUCAUUGUAUAUUUAAUUUAUAAUUAAUAAAUUUAAGUAUUCAUAGAUUUGUAAGUACAAACAUAAACGUAGCGCACAUAAUAUUAAUUCUUAGUAUUUUCUUUUUCUUUUUGUUUUUUUUUUUUUUUUCAUGUAAAUUCAUUUUGUUUGAAUUU